GCCGUCAUUAAUCAAUAACUCUCAUCGUUAUCAUUUAUUCCUCUAUCGCCGGCAUCACGACGAUUGUAUUGGCUGUGGAAAAACGUGUUUACGUGGGGUCAUUGAAGCGAGCCGCUCGGCACUGGUAGCGGCUAGCUAGCUCCUUAGCUGCUGCGUGCUUUUGUCUUUCCAGUCUGACAAUGAGGCCAUUUUGCGUUGCUAAGCUAACAGCUAGCCGGCUAGUUCACUCUCGACUGCUGGGAGCCGAGCGGGCUACAAUGGUGGGCGAACCAGGUGAAAACGGGUCUUAAUUUGGGUAAAAGUCACCGGACGACCCGGUGGGUGUCGCCGGUUUCAUAGUUGGCUAGAAAAGGGCGAAUGCUAGCAGGCUAAUUAGCCAGCGGAGCGCCCACCUAUCGCUCCGCGGUGCCUCUUCCUCCUGCGCCGCCGAGACCGAAGGCACUUUUUUAACUUGCUAAAAACACCAAACUCUUGAGCAUCCCGGUGGCGGGUUACACGGCGAGGAGCGCUGGGAAUCAUUACUCACCUGAUGUUGGUUUUAUUUUAUUCCGGGAUCGCUCAUAGGAUCGACGGCAGGGAAAGCGGAGAUGAGGUUCCGAUGAGAUCAUUCAUGCCACGGCUUCAAAAAGUGAAGUCUUCGCUGCCGCUGCUGCUGCUGCUGUGGAGCCGACAGCCAGGGAGGGGGAGGGGAGCUGACACACACGGCCGCCAUAUGCCUUCCAUUCCUCGUUAAUCAUCUUCAUCAUUGCUCUCCUCUCGGUGCUUUUAAUACAAACUAUUUAACAAGUCCCUUAUUUUGCAAGUUGAUUUUCUCGGUGCUUGCAACCACUGGAUAAGAUAAUAAAACUUUAAACUGAUAAAACUUUACUUUAGAUUUAAAUUACAUUUGUUCAGUACAAUCUGUCACCAAGAAAAUGAUGUUAUGAUUUUGUGGGAAAAUAAUUUGUCACAAAAUACAUUUUUCUUUUUCUGUAAUUCCCACAGGCUCCCUGCAAUGGUAAUGGAACACAGUGUUGCUCACCUUCUUCCCUGGGACUUGGAGGGGUAAAGAUAUGGGAGAUAUGGCUGCUGCUGAAUCAUUUGGGGUCCAAUCUGUUAAACGGGGGAGGGACAUUUAUUUGAUUUAAUAAUGUUGGUUAAAAAGGAGUCACACAGCAUGCUAACACACACGCUAUCUUAUUUAAUUGUGGACAUGAAGCUAACAGGUUCAUUUCCACAACACACAGCCUGGCCAGGCUACCAAAAAAGUCACAUCUUAACACCCCUUUUUGUUUGCCUUUCUUGUUUCACCUUUCUUUCCUUUUUUUUUUUUACUAGGCACUGCCAGCAUUGUUUCACUCUGCUCUGCCCCAACUGCCGACUGACAGGCAUCAGCUGAAGCUACAAGCACAGUGAAGGACAGAACGGGACGCCACAAACUGGUCAUCGGACAAAUUAAAAAGUCUUUUACUGGGGUUGAGCGUGGAGAACGAUGAGGGUAGCUGCGAGGUCACCGAGGUCAGCAAGUUGGAAGGGGAGGCGUCAAUCAACAAUCGCAAAGGGAAACUUAUUUUCUUCUAUGAGUGGAACCUAAAAGCGACCUGGACAGGAAAGUCAAAAUCAGGAAUCAAAUAUAAAGGAACGAUUGAGAUUCCCAACCUGUCCGAUGAGAACGACAUGGAUGAUCUUGAUAUUAGCAUCUCGCUCAACAAAGAUGAGCCAGAAACGCCACUGGUCCAGCUGAUGAAGUCCAAAGGCGCCGAGAAGAUCCGCAGGGCUCUGGGAAGCUACGUGGGCUUUUUAAAAACAGAGUUCACUCAGGGGAUGAUCCUGCCAACCGCUAACGGCGUGGUGCAGCUGCAGUCCAACUCACAGUCCACAGCCAAGACGGACAAAACUCAGAUUUCAUCUUCAAGCAGCACUGCAGCGCCAGUCAACACGGGCGUGAAGAUCCCUACGUGCAAGUUCAGCAUGAGGGAGACGUUCCUCACGUCCCCCGCCGACCUCUACAGAGUGUUUGUCAACCAGGAGAUGACUCAGGCAUUCACACAUGCUGUGGCCACGGUGGACGGAGAGAGGGGCGGCAAAUUCCGUCUUCUCGAUGGAAUUGUCUUUGGCGAAUUCACAGAGCUGGUACCUGAUGAGAAGAUUGUGAUGAAGUGGAGGUACAACAACUGGCCCUGUGAGCACUACGCAAUCAUCACACUGAGCUUCAUGGACCGCAGGAGCGAGACGGAGCUGAAGGUGGACUGUCGAGGUGUCCCCGACAACGACGAGGAGCGGACAAAGGACGGCUGGAAGAGAUACUACUUUGAAGCCAUCAAACAGACUUUCGGUUACGGCGCUCGACUCUUUUGAGAGCUUUUUUGUUGCCGUUCAGAUCAUGAUCAUCCUCCACGGACCCAUUUGUGUGCAAAUGUUUUCAUAUUUAAUUCUAAAGUCUGCUUUUAGUUGCCUCCCUCUUAUGUGUUUGGUCUCAUCCAGAGGAGUGAGUGGCCAAGAGCCGACGUGAGAAGAACCACUAAUUGACCUCCACUUCUCUACAGCCGUGUUAUUGAAGAGUUUGAAAACAAAUAAAUGUUGGUUUUCCAUGUAUUUCACAAACGGCUCUGAAAAUGAACGUUUAUCUUUUAUUCCCAAGUGUAACUGUAGCGCCAAUGCAUGUUUGUUUUUCCAAACAUCCGUGACAGGACGUACGUGUCUGUCCUUUCAUACAGGCAACGAACGCAUUGAGCUCCGGUCCAGGCGUCCACACUCAGCCGGCGAGUAGCAAAAUGUACAUUUUCACACAAGGUUCUAGCGCACAUAUUUAUACCAUGAUGUAAAAAGUUACCUUUACGGAAUAAAAGUAAUCACUGCG